AACCGGUUGCGAUUUUGGAUAAAAUGGUGACAACCCAACGAUAUGAACACAUAGCAAAGUUGGCAGGAGACUUUGUGCUUGGCGUGCGCGAAAAAUGUGUUAAUUCGAACAGAAGGUUUUGUCUCAGACACUUAUCACAGGUUGACGUCAGUGGUUUUGGUGUUGGUGCGCAUAUCGCUGGCAGAACUUGUCAAUACUUGCAACAAACAUUGCGCCAACGUCCUCGAAUAUUAUUGGCUUUGGAUCCAAUAAAAACACCUCUCUUGGGAACAACAAUAAAGGAUACGAUUAAGAGAGGUGAUGCCGAUUAUGUUCAAGUAAUUCACACUUCCCAAGAGGUUGGAAUCUGGGAUCAACUUGGAGAUGUGGAUAUCUAUGUAAGAUCUGAUAGUCAGAGCCAUUCAGAUCCUUUGAAUGAUGAGCACGGAAUCGCAUUCUUUAUUCAUCUUGCAACAUCUACAAAGCGGCUAUAUUUAACGGCCUCAUCAAACGAAAAUGGAAUUGGCACCGUUUCAAUAAUGCCACCCAUGACAAAGGCGAUUGAAUGUCUAAUCGGUGUAUAUGGCUUUCCGAAAUGGAAUGACAUUGGGAAAAGGUUUGGCUUUUCGCUGGAUAAUCGUAGCUCAUUGUUCUGGAGAGAAAUGACCCAUUUUGCUUGGACCGAUAUUCAUUUGAACUCUCAACUUGGAGCAGGAGUACGUCCUUUUGGUAGGACCAAACUCUUUUCGGGCACUCAACCUGAAGUAAGAGUAAAUGAAUCAAGCGAUUCAGACGACGAUGAAUGCACAAUAUGCUGCAAAAAUAAGAUAAAUGCCCGUUUAUCAUGUAAUCACGAAAUGUGCCAUACUUGUUGGAUUAGGUGGAAUUAUACGCCAGAAUCCCAAAAUAAAUGUCCAAUGUGCAAACAAACAGUUACUAGUGUUGACAAGUUCAGUUAAGAAAUAUUAGGUAAAGUUACUACUUUGAAAGCUAUUUCCACAUCAUAUGAACCCUUCAAUUUUACAUUUCAAACUCGGUCAUAGUUGAAGGUCACCUCGAACGGAAAGUGAAAAUUGGGAUUUCAAUCAUUUUUUAUUCAUAUAUUUAGUAAAUAAUUAUUUGUAUUAUUUACCGAGAACUUAUAACUUGAACUCAAUAAUUAAUAAUACCAAAUAAAAACUUUCCUUUCAAAAUAAAACCAAUUUAUUUGAUGAUAAUAAUGAAUAACAUUCAACAGAUCUGCUCGGUAUUUUCAACAAUUCAAUUUUUUUAAUUUAGAAAUUGUAUUGUUUCGGCAAUUGAGAAUUUACAAUAAUAAAAAUUGUUUUUAAAUGAUCCGAGUGAAAGUGCUAGAUUAUUCAUCAAUUGCCAAUGUUCACCCGUUUCACGUGGACAAAUAAAAUGUUUCAAAACCAA